AACAUAUGAAACAAGCAAAUGAACAAGAGAAAAUGAUAUACUACUACACAGAAACAUAUUGGGAAAAGGACAAGAACAGUGUCCCAUAGAAAAACCUGCUCACAAUUACUUGUUCUGUUAUAUUCCAAAACCACACCAAUCACCAAUGCUUACACACCAACUUCACCAUAACAAUAACAACCAAACCUCAACACUCUCUUUUUCUCAUUUUACAUGCCAUGUCAUCAUUAUUCCAUUCUUUUCUUUUCCACUUGAAAAACUGAAAAUUAUUAUUUCAGUGUAACAAACAAACUCAAACAACACCAUCUCCUCUCUUUUUGUUCAUUCCUCAAAAAUGGAUACUCCACCAAACCACACUUCCUCAAAUGACCUUCUCAUUACCGUAACCGUUUUCGCCGUUACCGUUACCGUUUUCGUAACGAUCUACUUCAUCUUCCGUUACCGCCGCAAUUCCCUCCUCCGCCGUCGUUUAACUUCAUCUUCGUCCUCCACAUUUUUGUCAUCCGGCAAUAGAAUAUCGCCGGAGACGGCUUCGUCUUCGUCUUCCGUAGUCGAUUCUCUCCCGCUGUUUACUUUCUCUUCUAUCAAACGCCGGUCAUCCUCUGUUGUCUCCGGCGACUGCGCUGUUUGUUUGUCGAGGUUUGAGCAAAAUGAUCUCCUCCGUCUCCUUCCUAUCUGCUGCCACGCAUUCCACGCGGAAUGUAUUGACGCUUGGCUCCGGUCGAAUCUCACGUGUCCGCUCUGUCGUUCAGCAGUUAUCGCUUCGGAAUCGGAGCUUGUGAAGAUUUUCCGGCCGGCAUCGUCUUCAUCUGAUAACAGUUUCCGUUUGGAGUUAGGAAACGUCAGCAACCGCCGUAGAGCCACCGCAUCUGAGAAUGACAGCGGAGAAACCGACCGGAGGUCAUAUUCCGUCGGCGCAUUUGAGUAUUUCGUCGAUGAGGAAGCUGAGAUUCCGUUCGGUCAUACUGACCGAAGAAUUGUUUCCGGUGAGAAAGAUGAUGCACCGGCAGUACCGGCGGGGGAAAUUCCGGUGGCUUCUCAGGUGAGCUUGGUCGGUGAAGGUAACUGGCUGAAGGAUUACAUGGAUAAUCUCUCAAGUUUGACGUGGUUUCGAAAUUCUGGAAGGUUCAUUAAUGGGAGUAGUAGAAGAAACGACGUCGUUGGAGUUCAAGAUUUUGAUGUUGAAGCUAAUACUUUUGGGGAAGAAAUCAGUGAAAUGUUUAGAUGGGUAUCAGGGUUUUGAUUAUGAACUAAUCAUGUAAUUAAGCAAUAUAGUUAAUAGGUUUUUCAAUUUUCUUAAAAUAAUUUUAUUUUAUGUGCAUAUAGACUCAGAUAUCAUCGAAGGAGUUCCAAAAUUUGCUAAAAGUAUUUUUAUUUUUUUUCUUUGGUUUGGUAAAUUAUUUAACAGAUAUGUUUGAUUGAUUU